GUAGAAUCAAGUAAAGAGUAAAAUUACCUAUAUACAGGCAUCUAAGUGCCUAUAUUAGCUAAAUAAUUAAAGUGUAAUACAGUACGGAGAGAGCAAUGAUUGGAGUUAUUCUGCGUAGCAGGAUCUGAAAUAAUGAUAUCCGCAGAAGAUUUAAAGUGGUCGAUAAUCAAGUUUAAGCAGCAAUAACCAGCCCUAUUUCUUUAAGAAUUGUCAACCAAAGAACUGUGCAAGAGUAGCGAACCCAUGCAAGGAACUUCAGUGUAGGACGACCUACCACUAAAUGAAGGAAUGACAUAAAAAGUGUUGCAAGGUUUCAGUUUCAGUUCGUCUACCUCACGUUAUGCUCGCUUACACAAGCGGCAUAUAUCAGCCGUAUGGCGAAUGUAAACAGGAUCCGGGGACCAGUAGUACCCUUCAGACCAGGAGUGACGCUGUCCAGACCAUGGACGCAUCCACGGCUCGUUCAGGCAGCUUCACACAGAGUACCCUAUGUGAUCUACAGAAAUCCACCGCACAGAUACGCAGUAAAACACUACCAAACAGUUCCCCGCAAAGUAUUUACCAGCAGCCCGUGGAAGACCACAGCGAAGUUGCCUCCGAUAACGCCCGUGACCCCGGAAUACGAGUUCAUACGGGCAGCAUCCGCUACCCCAGCGCUACACACUGAUGGUGGUACAGGUGCUAUCCACACCAUACCAGCACCGAACCUUAGCCUGUCGGAGAAACCUAUUGUGGUCAUUGAAGCGUCUGAUGGUUUGAUAAACCAUAAAUCUCCAGAUCAGUCUAAACCUGUGUACGAAGUUACAGAAAAACCCGUAGACCCACCCAUGUAUCAAAUGAGUCCAAAAAUUGAAUUUCCCGUGGGAUUUUCUAAAGCAACGUCGUUAACCCAACCAGAAAUUCAGGGAUUAGUGAGGAAUGGGGUAGCCCUACAGUUUGCAUCAGACUAUGGUCUACCCGCUGUUGCUCUACCACAAUCUCCGAUACCUCAGUCUGCGAUAGGAUUACCUCAUCAAUUUACAAUACAGGGAUUUAACAGUAUCCCAUCACAACAAGACCUUACUAACAAUGGUGCGGAAGGAAUAGUAAUACCCCCGCAAGUGUUAUACCAGCCAGAUCCAAUGUUCUUGCAGAAAUUGCAAAGUCAACUUAUGCAAAGAUUCCCGUCUGUGGAAUUUAUUCCGUACGCUGCCGAUCUUCCACAAUCACCAAUUCCAUUACAAGUGCAAACUGAAACUCCAUCGCCACUUUAUUUGUUAGAACAAGAAGAAAUAACUAAGCAGACGCCAACGUCGUUCGAACCAUCCAAACAUAUUGUACAAAGAGAAACGCAAGAAGGUUCUAUAGUAACUUUAGUUCCUCAAGCUCUUGUAGUCAGUAACGUAACAGAAAAUCAAAUCGAAGUUAUAUCAGCUACGGAACCCCAAAAUGUAAGUUUCGAAAUGGUAGCGGCCGAAUCACAACCAGGAACUACAACAAUUAAAUACGUCAUUGAAACUAAGGAACCACAAGCAGUACAAAACACGACUCCUAUUUAUUAUGCUCAAAUUGGACAAAGUGUUGGCGAAUCUGUCGCUAAAGGGUUUUAUUCGGCAAUAAAUGACGUGAGAGCAGCUGCUGCUUUAGUACAAGUAGAGAAACCACAAGAACAGACUACACAAGUAGAGAACGUAACUACAACCACUAUCAAUCCAGAUUUAAAAGCGUACUUUGUACAGAAAUCAGAAAAUCAAAAUAAUCAUAGUGAAGUAAAACCUCUCUUGGGUAUUCCGUUUACAAAAACAGCAGAUUCUGUUAACAUUGCUUAUACAUUAUUGAGAACAAGUGAUAAAGAACCAAAAGUAACACAAGAAGGAGCCGUUUAUGCAGGACAAUUGGUAGAAGCUACUAUAAGUGAAGACCACGACUUUAAUAAACAGAAGAAUAGUCUUAUUUCAAAAAGAGCUCCUUUACGUCUAUUUGCAGUAGAAGAAAACAAAAAUACGACACCAGCUGCAAAUACUCCACAAAAAUUCACUGUUGUAAAAGCAAAAAUACCUCCAAAAAGCAAAUUGACAUUUGACGAUAAAACUGGUGAACCAGUUCUGAGAAUAUACGCCAGUUACAUGAACAACCCUUUGCAGAAAGAAAUAAUAGCAUCUAAAUUGGCUAACAUAAAGAAUGUUAAUGAAAUUAUAUCACGAAAACAGGACAGUGUCAAUGAUUGGAAAGCUGCCACAGUUAAAGCAAUUGAUAAAACUCAAGAGCCUAAUUAUGUGACAAAUUUUGGACUCAAACUUAGAUCUAGAAGUGAUGAUUACAUACCACUCUUUGAAGAAUAUGAAGAAUAGUUUUAGGUUCUUGUAAUUAAUUGAUAGUGAUUCUAAUUAUUGUAUAAAUUUCCUGGCAAUGUGUAGAGAUGUCACGUCUCUUUGAGUGUGAAUGGGAAUUAUUUAGAUUAAUACCAGCUGUUGUAUUUUAUCACUGUCUGCCACAAGCUAGUUCCAUCCCGACGAGGAAGUGCGGCGAUCUUCCACCGUACAUUCCUGUAGACAUGUUCUUCUAGACACAGCCAAAGUUCUAAAAGCUUCUAGAGCACAUUCCUUCUUAAAGGGAUGGCCUGCAAUAUUUCUUAUGUAGCGGAGACAAAUGGGCAGCAGUAAUCACUUAAUAUCAGGCGAAAGGCAUGCUUGUUCAUAAAAAAAAAAAAUGGAACUCCAUUAUCCGUAUUUCACCAAACCAAUAUAUCAGACACGCAUGGAAAUAAAACUUUGUUUAAUGAAAAGAAAAAUUAAAUAAAGUCGUUUCUUCUGUACUUAAAUUCUAAAUAUUAAAAAGUUAUAGGAAAGCAUUUUGAAAAAUGUAAAUAAUGUGUAGAGGUCCAAAGUAUAAAUCUGAUACAAACGUACUAUAUACUAGCCGUAAACUAUCCACUGCUGAACAUAGCCUCCCCCUAUUGGUUUUGCAAGUAGUAGUCAUGAUUAACGGGCUGGUUUUAAAUCGCAGUCAGGCCUUUGGUGAUGCUUCAUCACAAGGUUUGCCGUGUGGUCCCGGCAUAGAAUGGGCCACCUUGUUUUCCAGCGGGGGUGGUAAGAGGCAACUAAAAGAAAUAAAUGAUCGAGGGAUGAGCAGUACCAUUCCUCUUUACACGCUAAUCCGCCCACCAAGCGUGGAUACUAAAUGCCAAAUCCCCCAAUAAGGGGAGGCGUAUGUUUAGCAAUGGACAGGCAAUAACUGAUACAAUAAUGAUAAAAAUAGUAUAUGAAAUACUCAUUUAUUUUGGAUGAACUUCAAAUUAAAAUCUGUGCUGGGUGUAUAAAGAGAUAUAAUAUGAUUUGAUUAAUCUAUUUCAUUUGUUCUUUGAUUUACGUAGCAUAAAAUUGAUAUUAUUCAUUGAGAUUCAAAUGUAAAUAUUUUUUCUCUAUUUUCUAUAAUUA